CGCUUCUCCCUCUUGGGAAGGAGCCCCGACGUGCCGCGCAGCCCCCCUCGACAACGGGCGCCGCCGAUCCCCGGCCAUCAUGGGCUCCCCCUCGGGGCUGGGCCGCUGCCGGCUGGCCUUGGCCUUCGCGGUGCUCAUGGACGCGGCGGGCACCGGGGCGCUGCUGACGGGCAUCUUCGCGCGGCUGCGCCUUCGGGGCCGCGACUUCGGCGACCUGCUGAUCUACUCGGGCGCCGUGCUGGUGUUCCUGAGCCUGCUGGGCUGGAUCAUGUGGUACACGGGCAACAUCGAGAUCGCCCCCGAAGAACUGGCCAGGGACUACGGCGCCAAGGGCGGCACGCUGGCCCGCCUGGCCAGGAAGAUCUCGCGGACGUGGUCCCGGCGCCAGGACACUCGGCUGGCCAUGAGGACGGUGCAGAGCAGCCGGGAAGCGGCCUAGACGAGGUGUCCUGCUUGCCGUUAACGGAAUGAUCUUCUGGCCCACUUGCGGGAUGAAUGAAUGGACUCGCCAGGUUGGAUGAUGUUCUCCUGGGACUGGACCUGACCUUUGACCAUAUCCCAGGAAAAGGAUAUUAGACUCAUCUCUUCGCCAGCUGCGCCCAUCUUCAUCCAGUAGUUUCUGUGUGGAUUUUGCUUUACAUACAUUUCAAUAAUGCAUUCCUUCCCCCACCCC